CUGUUGAAGUUCCCUCCAAACUCCAACGCGCCGGUUCGGCUUCUGCGUUUCCGAUUCAAUUCACGGCCAUGGCUUCCGCACCGUCGCCAAUGUCGGUCAAUCCGGGUCGCAUUCGGACCCUGAAAGAAGGGUCGCCCCGUUCCAACGGCGAAUCGGGUCCCGUCGUGUACUGGAUGUUCAGAGAUCAACGGGUUCGAGACAACUGGGCUCUUAUCCACGCCGUUCACCAAGCCAACAAAGCCAACGUUCCCGUCGCCGUCGUUUUCAAUCUCUUCGAUCACUUUCUGGGUGCAAAGUCUCGUCAUCUAGGGUUCAUGCUCAGGGGUUUACGCCAAUUGUGUCACCAACUUCAACACACUCUUCAAAUCCCCUUUUUCUUGUUCCGGGGUGAAGCAGAGGAGACUGUGUCGAAAUUUGUUAGGGAAUGCGGGGCUUCAUUGUUGGUGACGGACAUGUCACCCUUGCGUGAAGUUCGGAGGUGCAAAUCGGAGAUUUGUGAGAGGGUUGGUGAUUCGGUGAUGGUGCAUGAAGUGGAUGCUCACAAUGUGGUGCCAAUUUGGGUGGCUUCUGAUAAAUUGGAGUACAGUGCUAGGACCAUAAGGGGGAAGAUUAACAAAAAGCUUCCUGAGUAUCUCACUGAUUUCCCUGACAUUGAACCACAAUCUAGAAAAUGGGUUGUCACCGAGGACCGCAUCAUCGACUGGGAUGAUCUCAUUGCUGAGGUCUUGAGAGGGGCUGAGGUUCCUGAAGUUGAUUGGUGUGUGCCAGGGGAAAUUGCAGCAAUGGAAGUGUUGAUGGGAAGUAAAAAUGGAUUCUUGACUAAAAGGUUGAAAAGUUACCUAGACCGCAAUAACCCGUGUAAAACCACUGCCCUUUCUGGUUUAUCGCCCUAUUUGCAUUUUGGACAGAUAUCUGCUCAAAGGUGUGCUUUGGAAGCACGUAAGCUGCGAACAUCAUGCCCUCAGGCGGCCGAUGCUUUCUUGGAGGAGUUAGUUGUGCGGAGAGAACUUGCUGAUAACUUCUGUUACUAUCAGCCUCAGUAUGAUUCAUUACAAGGAGCAUGGGAUUGGGCUCGUAAGACCUUACUCGAUCAUGCUGCUGAUAAGAGAGAACAUAUCUACUCGAAGGAACAAUUGGAGAAAGCACAGACUGCAGAUCGUCUAUGGAAUGCUUCUCAGCUGGAGAUGGUUCAUUUUGGGAAAAUGCAUGGUUUUAUGCGAAUGUAUUGGGCAAAGAAGAUACUAGAGUGGACAAGAGGACCUGAAGAAGCACUUGAGAUAUGUAUUUAUUUAAAUGAUAAGUAUGAAAUAGAUGGGAGGGAUCCAAAUGGUUAUUGUGGCUGCAUGUGGUCAAUAUGUGGGGUCCAUGAUCAGGGUUGGCGAGAGCGACCCAUUUUUGGGAAAAUUCGAUACAUGAACUAUGAAGGCUGCAAAAGAAAAUUUGAUGUUGAGAGAUACAUUGCAUAUGUCAACAAAGUAGUUAGUGAGAUGAAAAAGAGAAAGGCUGAAAACUUGAUAUCUCAAAAGGAGAAACUACUCCGCAGUUGCGAUCCUGAAGAUUGAAGAAGCAUAUAUACUUACUAGAUUUCUAGGCAUAUUUUGUGUUUGGGUAGAGCUAAUUUGUAAUGUAAAAUUAUUUCACUGAUGAUAUUUGAAGCAAGAAUAGUCUUCUGCGUCUUUAGUUUUGGA